AUGCCCAUUGUUAGACUUAGAGAUGGUAUUGUAGGACAUGGCCAGAAGCUACCUGUGGUUAUGACAAUUGCUGGUUCCGAUAGUUCUGGAGGAGCAGGCAUAGAGGCAGAUCUUAAGACAUUUACUGCUCACAAAGUAUAUGGAGCAACUUGUAUCACUGCAUUAACGGCUCAAAAUACUACAGGUGUGAAGUCUAUUCAUCCAAUUCCCAAGGAAACUGUCAAUGAAGUGUUGAAAGCUGUGUUUGAAGAUUUUUUGUAUGAAUAUUCCGAUCCUCCUUUGAAGGUUGUCAAGACUGGAAUGCUAACUCAGGAUGCUGUAGAGGUAUUGAGUGAUUAUGUUAAUGAUCUCAUAGACAAAGAAGUUAAAUUGGUACUAGAUCCUGUGAUGAUAAGUACUUCUGGGUCUCAAUUGUUCGAUGAGAAGGGUAUGAGGUUAUGUAUUGAGAAUAUUAUAAGUAAAGCUUAUAUCAUUACGCCAAAUUUCCCUGAGGCCUUGGUGUUACUCAAGCUUGUUGAUGAUAAUGAGAGCUUUACGGGGGUAGAUGAUGUGAAGAGCUUGGAAGAUUUGAAGAAUUUGGCUAGAACAUUACAGACCAAAUUACAAUGUGAGAAUAUCUUAGUAAAAGGAGGCCAUAUUCCCUGGAAUAAAACCACUGAAAAACCUUUUCAAACUCAUGAUAAACCAGAAGAUAAAGUAGUUCUUGAUGUGUUGUAUGAAUCGUUAAAAGACAGGUUCACUAUUUUCCUCGCCAAUGCUAUUGAUUCCGAAGAUUCUCAUGGAACUGGGUGUACUUUGGCUUCAUCCAUUGCAGCAAACAUAGCCAAGUCCAAGACUUUGGUAGAAGCUAUUGGUAUAUCUAUCGAUUAUAUUCAUGAAGGGAUGGUCAAUAUGACACACAAGCUAGGCAGAGGAAAUGGACCUAUCAAUCAUUUGAUCGAGCCUGCCCUCGACUUCCAUAAAGUAUUAGAAAAGGACGUCCAACAAUUCCUGGAUUUACUGAGGACAGAUGUUUUGCAUUACUUCAAAGAACACCCAGAAAUUAAGGCCAAUUGGGAAACUUACACUAAUCAUCGAUUUGUGAAGUUACUUGCUGAGAAUAAACUUCCAUUUCACCAAUUCUUAUAUUUCUUGAAACAGGAUUACUACUAUCUCAUUAACUAUGCCCAAAUUCAUGCGUUGGCAGCAUCUGUAGCACCAAAUUACAGUCAAACCCAUUCUGAAUCUUUGAUAAUCCUGGAAAUAGUUAAUGAAAUCGAGAAACAUAAACAGAAAUUGGCAGACAAUUAUGAUAUAGUUUACGAGAGAGACAUUGAUUUGGAUAUUGAGCUUUCACCAGGACCUGCUUGUAGUAAUUAUUGUAACUACCUUUUGGAAAAAGGGAAGUCUGAAGAUUAUUUGGGGAUCAAAGUAGCUUUAGCACCUUGCCUUUUUGGUUAUUACGAGGCAGGGAUCCAGGGGGUAGAGAUUAGAAAAACUCAUGAUGGUAGUAUGAAUGUUUUGACUUCAACAACUCACUCAGAUACUUAUGAUUCUUGGUUGGGUGACUAUGUUUCAGAUUGGUACUCAACAGCUUACAAAAAUGGACAAGAAGCCUUACAAGAGCUAUUCACCAAACCAAUCGCCCAGGCGAGAUUAGAUCAAUUAGUCCAGUAUUUUAAUGAGGUAACUAAAUUAGAGAUUGCUUUCUGGGAUGAAGUCCUUGAAGUAUAG